GGCAUCUUAGAGCCAUAGUGUUCGGAGUGCCUCGUCAUCGCCGAGUCGCUUUGUAGACUAUGCUAAGGGAAAUUUAUACCGAUGGCAUCGAGGCGGAGCGUUGAAGCCUCUUAUGGCAAAACGAUGGUCCUCAUUCCUUUUUUCAUUUUUGAGUAUGCCGAGCACUCGAAGAUACUUCCGAAUUUUGCCGUGGGUACAACCUCAUGUCUGAAUAUCAAGUCUUCUUCAUUGCGACAUGCUCAAACUUCUUCACAGGCAACCUCGAUAGCGAUCCAAUUGACAUACGUGAACUGUCCUUAUUAAUAAGGGCCAAUCCGCAAGUUGGGGCUGGCCCCGAAAUCUUGUUCCUUAUCCCUUGCUAACCCACCGCUACCCACCCAUAUUUGCCUCUCGACGCCACACUGGCAUUUCAUGGCUUCUCACACCCAAUCAAAUGAUCUUUAUCCGAUAAGUAACGGACCACCGACACGACUGGUUUGAAACCAUGGCACCUUGGCCGAUUGAACUCCAAGUCAUCUCGCAGAUCUUACAAGCGUUUUCUCGGCUAAAUGCAUGAUCGGUGAAUAUUGGUAUUCAGACGAGGGGGUUGUAGAGAGUAUCUCCAUGGUUUCAAGGAAAAUGCGCCAGCGAUUGACCAACACAUCGCCUGAAGAGAUUCAACACAACCACCCACGCCGUCGACUCAAAGCUGCCCAAACAGACAUGGGAGAGCAGCGCCCAGGGUAGGUCGAGCGACCAGAAAGAUGAGUGGACGCAUUUGGACGGCUUGACGGACCAGU